CGCGUGACUGUGGGACCAGCGCCUGGCAGGGGAAUGGGGCGGCCGGGUGGCUGCGCGGGCCUCCGGCCCUUCUCACGCAACGCCUGGCACCGCGCCCCCGGGCCAGGUGUGGCGGGGACGAGCAGCCUGACCUCUGCCCCUAGAGAGAUGUCGCUGGUGCCCGCGAGCUACCCGGGGUGGGGUAGGGGCUUCGCGUCAGGAGACCCUCGGUGGUCCUUGGGCCCCAGAGUUUUUCCUCGGCCGCCGGUCCCCGGAUUUCUGUGCUCCGCCAACUAAAGCACUAGCAACCCCGGGAGCCAGGAUAGACCCUCAAGGCCGGUGGGUACCGGCUGGACGGACCCCGGGUUGCAUCGGACUAAGGUGAUCCCAGAGGCGGCGCGGAGCAGCUGGUGAGCGCUCACCGAGGCUGCGCCUUCGCCAUCCAUUCCGGUCCUUCAUUCAAGAGGCGCGAAACUCUGCUAGUCCCGGGCUCUGGGGAACACCGCCAGCCCCGCGGCGCCUCUGGCCUUCCGGCCCCCGUGACCUCAGGGCCGGGGUCGCAGCGCUUCUCACGCGAGCCGGGACUCGGUAACCCCCGGGAGGAGGUCACCACGCGCAGCCCCGCCCCCGCCUGCCGAGUCCGGUUAGGCUGUAGCGCCGGGCAGGCAUCUGCUCGCCCAGUGUUCCGGUGUGUGCAGACAUGGCCAAGAGGAGUCCCAGCGCCCCAGGAUGGGGCUUCUUGUACCCUCUCUUCUGGCUGUCCUGGGACUUCGCUCCUCGGCUGGGUCCUGCACUGCCCUUGGGGCGCCUUGGAACUGGGGCUUCCAGGGGUCCCCGGCCCCCAUCCCUGUACGUCCAGGCACCGAGAUGAGGUGUCCAAGCAUAGGUUCUUGUCCACCCACCUGCCCUCCCCCACCUUUUCCUCCAAUUCCAGAGACACCAGCCGGUUUCAGGCUGCUCCUCCCUCCAUCCAUCUCUGCGCGCUCUGGGGGAAGGGGGCGUGGCCACACCCGGGAGCCAGCCUAUAAAGGUGGCAGUGCCUUCACCCUCAUCCUGAAGGUGACAGUUCCUUGGAACCUUCCCUGAUCUUUGUGGUCCCAGGUUCCAAGAGUCCACUCUUCCCAGCUCAGCUCAGUACCUCCUUACAGCCACAGCAGCCACCUCCAAGAUCCCUACACUGAUCAUGCUUUUUCCAAUCUCCGUCUCGGUCACGGAGCUUCUCCUGGCCUCUGUCAUCUUCUGUCUGGUAUUCUGGGUAAUCAAGGCCUCAAGACCUCGGGUCCCCAAAGGCCUGAAAAGCCCACCAGAGCCAUGGCGCUGGCCCCUGCUCGGGCACAUGCUGACCCUGGGGAAGAACCCGCACCUGGCACUGACGAAGAUGAGUCAGCGGUACGGGGACGUGCUGCAGAUCCACAUUGGCUCCACGCCCGUGGUGGUGCUGAGCGGCCUGGACACCAUCCGGCAGGCCCUGGUGCGGCAGGGCGACGAUUUCAAGGGCCGGCCCGACCUCUACAGCUUCACCCUCAUCACUGGUGGCCAGAGCAUGUCCUUCAGCCCAGACUCUGGACCCGUGUGGGCUGCCCGCCGGCGCCUGGCCCAGAAUAGCCUCAAGAGUUUCUCCAUUGCCUCUGACCCAGCCUCCUCAUCCUCCUGCUACCUGGAGAAGCAUGUGAGCAAGGAGGCUGAGGCCCUGAUCAGCAAGUUGCAGGAGCUGAUGGCAGGGCCUGGGCGCUUUAACCCCUACAGGUAUGUGAUGGUAUCAGUGGCCAACGUCAUCUGUGCCAUUUGCUUUGGCCAGCUCUAUGACCACAACCACCAAGAACUGCUUAGCAUAGUCAACCUGAGUGAUAAUUUCGCGGAGGUGGUUGGCUCUGGAAACCCAGCUGACUUCAUCCCUAUUCUUCGCUACCUGCCCAAUUCUUCCUUGAACACCUUCAAGGACCUGAAUGAGAAGUUCUACAACUUCCUGCAGAAGACGGUCAAGGAGCACUACAAAACCUUUGAGAAGGGGCACAUCCGGGACAUCACGGACAGCCUGAUUGAGCACUGUCAGGAGAAGCAGCUGGAUGAGAACGCCAAUAUCCAGCUGUCAGAUGAGAAGAUCAUUAAUGUCGUCCUGGACCUCUUUGGAGCUGGGUUUGACACAGUCACAACAGCUAUCUCCUGGAGCCUCAUGUAUUUGGUGACAAACCCCAGGGUACAGAGAAAGAUCCAGGAGGAGCUAGACACAGUGAUUGGCAGGGAGCGGCAGCCCCGGCUCUCUGACAGACCCCACCUGCCCUAUAUGGAGGCCUUCAUCCUGGAGACCUUCCGACACUCCUCCUUCGUCCCCUUCACCAUCCCCCACAGCACUACAAGAGACACAAGUCUGAAAGGGUUUUACAUCCCCAAGGGGCGUUGUGUCUUUGUAAACCAGUGGCAGAUCAACCAUGACCAGAAGCUAUGGGUCAACCCAUCUGAGUUCCUGCCUGAACGGUUUCUUACCCGCGAUGGUGGUAUUAACAAGGUGCUGAGCGAGAAGGUGAUUCUCUUUGGCAUGGGCAAGCGGAAGUGCAUCGGGGAGACCAUUGCCCGCUGGGAGGUCUUUCUCUUCCUGGCCAUCCUGCUGCAUCAGGUUGAGUUCAGCGUGCCACCGGGCGUGAAGGUGGACAUGACCCCCAUCUAUGGGCUGACCAUGAAGCACACCUGCUGUGAGCACUUCCAAAUGCAGCUGCGCUCUUAGGUGCUUGAGAGCCCUCAGGCCUAGACUCUGUCUACCUGGUCUGGUUGGGCAGCCAGACCAGCGGGCUGGCCCAGGGAGUCUAAGGUUCAGCCUGAAACUCAGACACUGAUCUGACCGCAGUUUUGCUGUCUGGGCUAUGGGCAAGCCUGAGGGAUCCUGCCUGCCCCUGCCCUGGACUUGCCUCUGCAUACCGACCACAGACAACAGGUACAGCAGGGACACACAGGAGCUGAUGGAGCCUUCCCAAGUUGUUUCUGAGCCAGGAGGCCUGCUAGGGUUAGGAGGUCCUUAGGCCCCUGAGGAGAUCUGAAGAGCUCUCUGGAAGCUCCUGGGCCCAGCAGCUAGCUGGCUCUGUGGGGGUGCUGACUGGCUUGAGCAACGGUUAGAGCUGGCCACAUCAGGACCCUGUCCAACCUUUGACAAUUGGGAGCUGCCAAGAGUGAAGGGAAGAGACAGCCUAGGAUACUGGCACAGAUGUAGUCUCACUGCCUGCACUAAGCUGAGCAAUCUAGCCCUAUCGGUCUAGGACAGAGUUCUUGGGAACAUCACAUUCCUCUGCCCUUUCUGCAGGCAGGUACAAGCAGGGCUGCCUUCUGGCCUUGUAAGACCCAUGCUGCUGUCCAGGAGCAGCUAGGGACUCGUGUCUAAGGGGAGCAGAGCACAGAGGGAGUGCACAUAUCCAGGCACCAAGACUAGGGCUGGAGGGAGGGGGUGGUAUUUCAAUUGCCUUCUAUUGGUCUCCCUUCUCUACACCCUUGUAAUAAAGUGUCUAUUUUUAAUGUUUGUACACAACAUCCUUUCUAUUCUAGCCUGCAUUUUGCUUGUAUGUUUGCAUAAGAGCUUAAGAACCAUCAAUUUAAUGUAAUAGGGAAAAUUCUAAGCCAAGUAUCCAGAAUUGUGUAAAAACAACUGUCUGAGCUAAAUAAAGAUAUUGUUCAGAAGUCCUA